GGGCAGAAUCCCCAGAACUUGAGCUACACAGCCUUUGCCAUUUACAGCCUUCCCAAGGCCAGCCAGCAACUAUGGGAAACUGGCUGGCUGGGGGGUCAUCUGCAGGGCCAUCUGGGGGGUCAUCUGCAGGGCCAUCUGGGGGGUCAUCUGCAGGGCCAUCCGGGGGGUCAUCAUCUGCAGAGCUGCCUGACUUAACCUCGGUGCCAGCAGACAAGCUGGAAGAGUUUAUCCAGGCAAACCUCAAACCCAACGAAGAAUGCCUGAAGCUGAUAGACCAGGACGUGGAUGCCAUCUCCGACUUCCUGCUGAGCAGAGAGAGCCCUGUGGUGAGGGUAGCUAAGGGUGGCUCCUAUGGCCGGGAAACAGUCCUAAGAGGCUGCUCUGAUGGUAUCCUUGUGCUCUUCGUGGAUCAGUUUCAUACGUUUCAGGAACAGAAGGAAAACCAAAGUGAACUCCUCAGCUUGAUUGAACAAUGGCUAAAAACCCACGAGAAAUACAAGCCAGCAAAGUUUGGGGGCAUCCUUGUUGUCCUACUGUCCACACAAGGGCAGAGGAUACUCUUGCAGUUGCUUCCAGCCUUUGAUCCCCUGUGCUUCAGUCAGAAUCCCAGCUCCAAGGUCUAUCGGGAUCUCAAAAGAUCCAUGGAUCGAGUACGAGCAGCGCCUGGUGAGUUCGCAGUCUGCUUUACCACGCUACAGCAGCAGUUCUUCAAGAAAUAUCCCAGGAGAGUGAAGGAUCUGAUCCUGUUGGUCAAGCACUGGUAUCACCAGUGCGAGGAGAAGUGGAUGACUUCCCUGUCUCUGCAGUUGUUGUAUGCACUGGAGCUGCUCACUGUGUAUGCCUGGGAACAGAGCUGCCAAGGUGAAAACUUCGACAUAGCAGAAGGUGCAAGGACCGUGCUGGGACUCAUCAGGCAGUCGUCACAGCUGUGCGUCUACUGGAUAGACAACUACAACUUUGAGGAUGAGACGGUCCGCAACACCCUUCUAUGCCAGCUCAGGUCCCAAAGACCGGUCAUCUUGGAUCCAACUGAUCCAACCAAUAACGUGGGCAAAGACGAUGGGUCCUGGCAGAUGCUGACAGAGGCGGCUCAGGCCUGGCUGUACUCUCCCAGCCUGAAUAAUGUGUCACCUGCACCGCAUUGGAAUGUUCUGCCCACAUCACUGUUCAUCACCCCAAGCCACUUACUGAACAAGUUCAUCGAACACUUCCUCCAGCCCGAUAAAGAUUUCUUGGACCAGAUCAAAAGAGCUGUUCACACCAUCUGUAAAUUCCUUAAAGAAAAUUGCUUCCAGGACCAAAGCACCAAAGUUCUAAAGACCGUCAAGGGAGGAUCCACUGCCAAAGGCACAGCUCUGAAAUCUGGAUCGGAUGCCGACAUCGUUGUGUUCCUCAGCUCACUGAAGAGCUAUGACUCCCAACAAAACGAGCGCUCGAUGUUAGUCCGGGAGAUCCACAGGCAAUUAGAAGAUUUCCAGAAGACGCAGGAGCUGGAAGUGAAGUUUGAGAUUUCAAAGUGGGAGUUCCCCAGGGUGCUAAGCUUUACCUUGAAAUCCAGGAGUCUCAAUGAAAGUGUCGACUUUGAUGUCCUGCCUGCCUAUGAUGCACUAGGUCAACUGCGUUCUGGCUUCCCCUCCAGGCCCGAAGCCUACAAGGAGCUCAUUGAGCUGUAUAAAUCAUCGAACCUCAGAGGAGGAGAGUUUUCGCCCUGUUUUACAGAGCUACAGCGCAACUUCAUUGAACCCCGGCCCACCAAACUGAAGAGUCUGAUUCGCCUGAUCAAGCACUGGUACAAACAGUGCCAAAGGAAAAAGAGGUCAAAAGCAUCCCUGCCCCCAAAGUAUGCCCUGGAGCUUCUCACCGUGUACGCCUGGGAGCAAGGCAGUGGCAUGGACGAGUUCGACAUUGCCGAAGGCUUCCGGACCGUCCUGGACCUGGUCAUCAAUUACCAGCAGCUCUGCAUCUUCUGGACAGUCAACUACAACUUCGAAAACGAGCCGAUGAGGUCAUUCCUGCUGACCCAGAUCCGGAAGACGAGGCCUGUGAUUCUGGAUCCAGCUGAUCCCACGGGUGACGUGGGAGGAGGUGACCGCUGGUGUUGGCAUCUUCUAGCCGAAGAAGCGAAGGAGUGGCUGUCCUCACUGUGUUUCGAACUGCCAAAGAGUGACUCGGAGCGAAGAAUACAGCCGUGGAAAGUGCCAGUAGUGCAGACCCCAGGAAGCUGCGGAGCUCAGAUGUACCGCCCCCCCCCCCUCUGGGUUGAGUGUAGUCAAGUUGGAAUCCAGUUCUGGGAUGAAAAUGCCAAAUGAAGAAGCCUCCAGAGUUGUCUGGCAAUUGAUUUAAGGACUCAGUCCAUGUUACAAAAGGGAGCUGAGUCCAGUCCUCCCUGCCUGGCCCUCAUUUCUCUCUCUCUCUCUCUCUCUCUCUCUCUCUCUCUCUCUCUCUCUCCUUCACUCUCAGACAACUCUGCUUGAAAUCAAGACUUCGGAUCUGCUCCCCCUCCCACUCCUGGGGUUAGCAUUCAGGCAUUACACUGGACUGCCCUUGGGACCUGGUAGAAUACGCCAUCAACUACAACCUCUCCCUGCACGCAUGCACUUUCUAGCAAUUCAGGCAUCACGCUGGCCUGCUCAGGGUCCUCAGCUCCAGCCACUCAGAGCACCGCCUGUGUGCAUGUGUUAGCAUUCAGGCAGGUAAACUGGCCAGUUCAGGGUCCUACAGCCGUAGUCCCUGUGUGCUACACAC